AUGGGAGCCGGAGCCUCCGCUACCCCUGAAGCUGUGAAGGCCGCCUCGGAAGAUGAUCUCAAGAAGUUUGCCGAAGGCAUGACGCCCGAGGACAAGCAGCGACUCUUGGGCGUGCUGGCGCAGAAGGCGGCGACCCUGAAGGCUGAGAAGAAGGCUUCCGGCGUUUCUGUGGCGGUGAUCUACUACUCAAUGUACGGGCACAUGACGGAUAUGUGCAAGGAGAUGAAGAAGUGUAUGGAGGACAGCGGCGUGCAGGUUGACAUGUUCCAGGUAGCUGAGACGCUUCCCGAUGAGGCUCUCAAAGCUAUGGGUGCUCCCGCAAAGCCCGGUGACAUCAUGACUUUGGACCAUGCCAGCAUCGGCUCGUUGCUCCCCGAGUACGACGGCUUCGUCUUCGGCGUUCCCACGCGUUUCGGGAACAUGUGCGGCCAAAUCAAGUCCUUCUUUGAUAGCACGGGCGGCCUCUGGAUGGCCCAGAAGCUGUCGGGAAAGAUGGCCACCAUGAUUGUCAGCACCGGGACGCAGAACGGAGGACAAGAGACGACUCACCUGCAGACAGUCAGCUCCCUCGUCCAUCAUGGCCUCUGCUACGUUCCCCUUGGAUACCGCUGCGGGGAGGAACAGUUCAAGAUGGAGGUGGGUGGCGGCAGCCCUUGGGGGGCGAGCACCAUCGCUAACGGUGACGGUAGUCGAAUGCCCUCAGAGGGGGAGAAGAAGAUUGUGAAGGCCCAUGCCGAAGCGUUUGCUGGCGUCGUCAAGCGCUCGAAGCAGGAGACCCCCAAGAAGACAGCCAAGAUGGCCAUCGUCUACUACUCCAUGUACGGACAUAUCAAGAAGAUGGCGGAUGCGAUCGCAGAUGCGGCCAAGAAGGAGGGCGUGGAGGUGGACCUACUCCAGGUCUCUGAGACAUUGCCGGAGGGAGUGCUGGGAGCCAUGAAGGCGCCGCCCAAGGCAGACCAUACGGUCAUCGAGCACUCGAACAUCGAGAAGCUCCUCGAUUAUGAUGGCAUCAUGUUUGGGCUGCCGACGCGCUUCGGGCAGCCCGCCUCGCAGAUCAAGAGCUUCUGGGAUGCCACGGGAGGCCUCUGGGCAGGUGGCAAGCUGGUUGGAAAGCUCGGGGCCUCCUUUGUGAGCACUGGCACACCACAGGGCGGCCAGGAGACAACCCACCUCACGCAUCUCACCAACUUGGUCCACCACGGCAUGAUUUUCGUGCCUCUGGGCUACGCUGCGCCGGAAAUCUUCAACAUGGAGGAGUUGCAUGGCGGAAGCCCUUGGGGCGCCAGCUGCUAUGCCGGUCCUGACGGGAGCCGAGAGCCUUCUGCCAUUGAGCUGGCGAUUGCAACGAAACAGGGGCAAGUCUUCGCCAGCAAAGUGAAGGCUAUGGCCGUGGAGUGA